ACAAGCCACACACUUGUUUGAAGGAGAAGAGCAGACUGCACUGCUUUCCCUGCCCCUGGGACUGGCAGAUCAUACGGCUGGCACUGUGACCAGGCAGUGCAUUCAGCUAUUUGGAGAUUGAUAUAGAGCUGGAAGAUGGAGUUCUGGUUAAUUUCUGUUCCUGGAGAUAAAACCAAUCUGACGGCCCUGGAGAGAAUGAAUACCGUGACAUCCAAAGCCAACCUGUCCAGCAAUUCAAAAUUUCUUAUACCCGAUCUGAAGGUGGGGACUCUGGACGCAUUGAUUGGACUGUCUGAUGAUCUGGGGAAACUGGAUGUCUUUGCUGAAGGUGUCAUUAAGAAGAUUGCUCAGUAUAUAGGAGAAGUCAUGAAUGAUUCUGCAGAGAAAGCCCAGGAAAACCUGCUGGCCAAUGGAGUGGAUCUCGUGAGCUACUUAGCCCGUUUUGAGUGGGACAUGGCUAAAUACCCUAUAAAACAGCCACUGAAAAAUCUAACAGAUUCUCUGAGCAAGCAAAUGACACAGAUUGACACAGACCUAAAAUCAAGAGCCCAGACCUACAACAAUAUAAAAGGCAACCUGCAGAGCCUGGAAAGAAAAACCGUGGGCAAUCUUCUAACCCGAACCCUAGCUGAUAUUGUAAAUAAAGAUGACUUUGUGUUGGACUCAGAAUACCUCAUUACUCUUCUAGUAGUUAUCCCAAAGACAAGCUACGGUGCAUGGCAGAAAACGUAUGAAUCACUGUCUGAUAUGGUUGUACCUCGUUCAACCAAGAUGAUUGCAGAGGAUGGAGAAGGAGGUUUAUUUACUGUCACUCUCUUCAGAAAAGUCAUUGAUGAAUUUAAAGUAAAAGCUCGAGAAAACAAGUUCAUAGUGCGGGAGUUUUAUUUCAAUGAGAAAGAGCUGCAGUCAGAGAAAGCUGAAAUCAUUAAGCUGGAGGCAGAUAAGAAGCAGCAGUAUGGUCCUCUCCUGCGCUGGUUGAAAGUAAACUUCAGUGAAGCAUUCAUUGCCUGGACUCAUAUAAAAGCCUUGCGGGUAUUUGUGGAAUCUGUCCUCAGGUAUGGCUUACCAGUGAAUUUCCAUGCAAUGAUUUUGCAACCGAACAAGAAAUCUAUAAAGCGACUGCGAGAUGUGCUAAAUGCCCUUUUCAGACACCUGGAUGAGGCAGCUGCUGCCAACAUGAAAGAUGUUAACAUGGAUAUCCCUGGCUUACAGCUGAACACGCAAGAAUAUUACCCCUAUGUCUGUUUCAAGAUUGACAUGACCAGUAUAGACUUUGAUUCUUAGUGCUAGAACAUUCCUUAGAAGAUGUAAUAGUGAACUCCAGUUACUAUCAGACCAGUUACACUGUUAUUAAUGCCUAGUCUGUUAUAGCACCAAUGGACCCCGUCAUGCUCUGAGCUACAAUCACUAUGUAAUGCCAGUAAUAUGUGAUCAAGCUGCAGCUGCUGUCAUUGUCCAUCAUGCAGACAUAACUGCAAAGUAUUUAUAUGUAAAUUAUAUUUUAGAAUAUUUGUGAGAGGCUGAAUGGCCACUUGUCUCUCUUAAGCUAAUCAUGUAUGUAAAAUGUAUAGUUUAUGUGUACUGAACAGUAGCACCACAAUGGGUUAAUGUGUAUAACGUCAUCUUGGUCAUGCUAAAGCCAUACUAGUUUUCUUUUAGAUUCCAAGCAAUACAGUUAUGAUGCAACUA